UAAACGGACAGUUCACAAAUGAGUAUAACAAGAGCAGAAAUAUAGGUUUUCGGUGUACGGGGCUGGAUAACGUACGUCGUAAGCAGGGUGGCAGCUGUCUCAUUCUUGUCAUUUUCCCUGCCUGGCAUUCCAGCUGUCUGAUGUCAUUGCCUCUAAAUCUGCCGUGUAUCACGCCGCUGUUGAAGAACUACUCAAACUUUUAUAAAGAAAUAUAACCUUUGAAACUCAUACAGGACCUGAAGAAAAUAUUAUAUUUAAUGAAAAUGUUCAUAGUUUUGUUUGUCUAUGUAAAUCAACAUAAUAGGAAAACGGUUGUGUAAAAAAGAGGAUAAUAUAGAUCCGCGGAUGUAGAGCUUCAUACAGACUUGUUGCUCUUUCGGCAGGAAGUGAAGCACGUCGUUAGCUGAGUUGGUUUUCUGUAUGCAGUUUCCAAACUAAACCUUUUCGAUAUUUGACAUAACUAUCACCUAUAAUGACUGGCGGCAGCUUUGGAUAUGCACAAUUUACAAAUGGACUAAUUUGCUUUUGGCGGACAUCAAUAAGGGAUACAUGUAUCCAACUCAUGGAUGGCCUCUUAUCCACUACAUUUUUGAUGGGCAAAGUUUAGAGACAACGGGACAUAUAUUUCUGGAUCAAGGAAAUACUCCUUGCCAAAGGACUUUGAAACAUGCCCUUGCCAUUCGGCUUAAAACUCAAAAGAACUCGAAGGUAUACUGUCUCAAGCAAGAGCUGUCUGGUCACACGCAUUCAGCUGCUCAAUGGUGAAUUUGUUGAGUUUACUCUUUCUGUGGAGAGCACCGGCCAGGAAUGUUUGGAGGCAGUUGCACAGAGACUCGAGUUACGAGAGAUAACGUACUUCAGCCUAUGGUACUUCAACAAGCAGAACCAGCAGCGUUGGAUCGAUCUGGAGAAGCCCCUGAAGAAGCAGCUGGACAAGUAUGGCCUGGAGCCCACCGUCUACUUCGGCGUGGUCUUCUACGUGCCCACCGUAGGCCAACUGCAGCAGGAGAUCACUAGAUAUCAGUAUUAUCUCCAGUUGAAGAAGGAUGUUCUCGAAGGCCGAAUCCCUUGCUCUAUAGAACAGGCCAUCCGCCUGGCUGGCUUGGCAGUGCAAGCUGACUUCGGAGAUUUCAAUCGUUACGAUUCGCAGGAGUUUCUUCAGAAGUUUGUGCUCUUUCCUAUCGGCUGGAUCCAGGAUGAGAGAGUACUGGAAGAGGCCACUCAGAAAGUGGCUGUGCUUUACCAGAACUACAGGGGGUUGCCUGCCCCAGAGGCUGAGAUGUUGUACAUGCAGGAGGUGGAGAAGAUGGAGGGCUAUGGCCAGGAGAGUACCCCAGCCAAGGACAGCCAAGGCACUGAUAUCCUCCUUGGGGCCUGUCUGGAUGGCAUUUUUGUCAAGCACAAAAACGGCAGGCCACCCCUUGUAUUCAAGUGGAAUGAAAUUAACAACAUGACUCACAAUAAGUCCUUCUUUGCCCUGGAGCUGACCAACAAAGAGGAGAGCGUGCAGUUCCAGACUGAAGACCUGGAAACCUCCAAAUAUGUGUGCCGGAUGUGUCUGGCCAGGCACAAGUUUUAUAAGAUUAACAAGAGCAGCCUAGAGGAGUCUGACCCCCCUUCGCCUUCUGAGGGCUCCCAGAAGUCCAUUCUCACUCUUUCCUUUCCUCGCUUUCCUUUUCUGCCUUCUAACAAGGGCCAAACCCAGCCAACCGCUGUGAACCCAGUGAGACGCCGGUCCUCCACCAGGAUGUCUCUGCCAAAGCCCCCGCCCUACAUGUUGCCCCCGCCACAGAUGCACUACAAUGGUCACUUCACUGAGCCUUACACAUCCUCACAAGACAACCUGUACAUGAACAGUCAGCACGGCUACUACUACCACUCUCAGACCAGCCUGGACCGCUCACCACUCGAGUACGGCAACAGCGGCGGUGGGAACGGGCGGCUGCGUAACGGCAGCGUGUACAGCGCCCACAGCACCAGCUCCCUCACCAACCCCCAGCACUACAUGCAGCCCUCACCCAUGUCCUCCAACCCUUCCAUCACAGGAAGUGACAUCACCCGGCCCGACUACGUGCCCUCGCACCGCCACAGCGCACUCAUCCCCCCCUCUUACCGUGCCACCCCGGACUACGAGACGGUCAUGAGGCAGAAGAACCGGGGAGGUGGAGGAGGGAUGGUGCAUGGCCACGAGCACCGCCAGAGCCACUCCAUGAGGAACCUGAACAUUGGGAACUCGUAUGCCUACAGCAGGCCGGACCCCCUGGUCUACAGCCAGCCGGAGAUCAGAGGAGAGCAUGGUGGAGGAGGAGCGCACCACCACUACCCUUUCCACCUCAACUCCAGCUUCCACAGCCCCUCGCCGUAUCCCUACCCCACGGAGAGGAGGCCGGUGGUGGGGGCGGUUAGUGUGCCCGAGCUGACAAACGUCCAGCUGCAGCAGGCGCAGGAGUAUCCUGCAGCCAAUAUCAUGAGGACCCAAGUGUACCGCCCUCCACCCCCCUACCCAUACGGCGCCCACCCACGGCCCGCCAACAGCACGCCGGACCUGUCUCGCCACCUCUAUGUGAGCAGCAGCAACCCGGACCUGAUCAUUACGCGGCGCGUGCACCACUCGGUCCAGACCUUCCAGGAGGACAGUUUGCCUGUAGCCCACUCCCUGCAGGAGGUAUCCGAGCCCCUGUUCCUGGCUGGACCCCCACAACACCACCCCCACCAACACAACGCACACAAACGCAACUCCAUCGAGAUUGCCGGCCUGGCUUACAGCCUGGAGGGUAUGAGGGUCAAGGAAAGGACUGUAUCUGCCUCAGCUGCAGACACCCCCCAUCUGGUCCCUCAUGGCUCCUCAGGCUCCCAGCUCAACGUGUUCCUGGAGCGGACCAAGUCAGAGGACGGGGGGGAGGGGAAAGAGGAUGUUCGCUACGGCCACAAGAAGUCCCUGUCAGACGCCACCAUGCUGGUGCACAGCAGCGAGGAAGAGGAGUUUGAGGAUGAGAGCGGACGCCACACACCACAAUCCCACGAUGCACUAUUGUCCGGGCCUGACCCGCAGCAGCUUCUAACCAAUCUGGGACAGAUUCCCCUAGAGCCCCCGCCCGCAUAUCCCAUUGGCUCCUUCCUUGACCCUCUCCUGUCUGGUCUCCCAGCCUAUCAGGUGCACCCACUGAUCCAGGAGGCGGAGUCACUGUACCUGUUUGAGGGCGGACAGACUGGCAGGAUGGUGCCCUCGAUGUCGGAUAGUGACAUCAGUGGGCAGAACAAACCGAAGACCAAGAAGGAUUUCAUCAAGAAGAGGCCUGUAUCAGACGUUCCUGCUGGGAAGAAACCCAUUGAUGGCCUGCCUCCUGCCGGCAUGAAGAAGCGGGCUGAGCUGAAGAAGAUGGGUCCCCUGAAGGUGGCGGCCCUCAACGGCCUGACCCUGUCCAGGCUGCCCAUGCACGAGGGAGGCAAGGACCAACCUGAGAAGGCCUCCAACGACGAGAGGUGUAAGGUGCUGGAGCAGCGCAUGGAGCAGGGCAUGGUGUUCACAGAGUACGAGCAGGUGGCCAAGCGGCGUCCGACAGGCGACUGCAGCAUCGCCCAGCUGCCGGAGAGCGGCGAGAGGAAUCGCUUCCAGGAUGUGCUGCCCUACGACGACACGCGUGUGGAGCUGGUGCCCACCAAGGAGAACAACACAGGCUACAUCAACGCCUCGCACAUCAGGAUUACGGUGGGUGGAGACGAGUGGAGCUACAUCGCCUCCCAGGGCCCUCUUUCGAACACCUGUCUGGACUUCUGGCAAAUGGUGUGGGAGCAGGGUGUGGCCAUCAUCGCCAUGGUUACAGCUGAAGAGGAGGGUGGCAGGGAAAAGAGUUUCCGCUACUGGCCACGGCUGGGCUCUCGCCACAACACGGUGACAUACGGACGCUUUAAGAUCACUACGCGCUUCAGGACGGACUCGGGCUGCUAUGCCACCACGGGCCUGAAGAUCAAACACCUGCUGACGGGCCAUGAGCGCACCGUAUGGCACCUGCAGUACACAGACUGGCCCGACCACGGCUGCCCCGAGGACUUCAAAGGCUUCCUCUCAUACCUGGAGGAGAUCCAGUCAGUGAGGAGACACACCAACAGCACCAGCGACCCAAAGAACACCAACCUACCCGUGCUGGUCCACUGUAGUGCUGGAGUGGGCCGCACCGGGGUGGUCAUACUCACUGAGAUUAUGAUCGCCUGUCUGGAACACAACGAGAUGCUUGACGUCCCGACCGUCCUGAACAUGCUCCGGCAGCAACGCAUGAUGAUGGUGCAGACCAUCUCACAAUACACCUUCAUUUAUAAAGUCCUUAUCCAGUUCCUUCGCAACUCCAGGCUAAUCUAAGCGUAAGCCUCAGCAGCCCCCCCCCCCAAAAGGUUUGUCGGCCACGAGGAAGCAUCUGUGGCUCUUAGCUCCAAAAUGAUGGUGCUGUUGGAUGGUCCUUUUUCGAAGUGUUAAUGGAGGCGUGACUGCGAUAAAACCUGACAAUGAAAGGAUCGCAUGACUUUGUGCGUGUCCCCCUCUUGAACAGUAUUAAUGAGAUUUGACUGUAGGAUUUUUACACUACACAAUUACUGACAUGAAACCCAGCACUUGAAACCCAGACAUGAAACCCAGCACUCUGAUUAUUGUAUAUCAAUAUCAUUAAUUACAGAUAUUUGUUUAUCACAGAUUUUUAGUUUUGACGAUUUGUGUGCUGUGCUGGAUGAUGGUCUUUAUAAAGGACUUGACUAAUGUUUUGAUUGAGAAUUCCUGAAGGAAGUUAAAACCACACUUUGAUUAUGUUGGACUACUGUUUGUUGACCGUGGAAGAUGAGAAUGGCCACUUUUUAAAAUGAAGGGCAUCUUUGGUGAACUGCACUUGUAUCUAAGGAGUGUAGAUGUGUUUUCAUGUCUCUACUGUGGUGGUUUAGGAUUUCUCCUUUGCUCUUAUUUGGCUUAGCAAUAGGCCUGACACUAAGACCAUGUAUUGAUUUAUAAGUGGGGUUAAUUUUAUGUUCCCCCGAUGGUACCACAAACCUCACUUUGGGGAAAACUGGGUAUUUGUAACCAAAGAGCUAAAGUCAUUCAAUAGCUACACACAUCAUGUUGAGUUAUUCAGGUGUCUACCAAAGAGUCUUUACUGUUAAACACAAACACACAUUGAGGUAUUUGAACAUAACUGGAAUUGAUGGUAUUACAUUAGCACCCCCAUUCUGUCUCUCCCAUAUAGCACUAUACCAGAUGUGGCUCACACAUAAUGUGCAAUCCGCAGUUGAUAUAAUAACUAAGUGUUUUCCCCGCCACUGUUUUGGUAAAAAGAUGAGUAAUGGGACUGGAGAAAUGUAACCACUCUCAAAUUCAUAGACCGAGCCAUGUGUGCAAGGACUGACCAUCCAUGAUAUCAAAAUUAUAGUUUGAACCAUGUUUUGAGGCUAUACCGUGUUUGUUUACAUUGGCUUUUACAUUUACUUUGUUUACAAACAUUGGAGUAAAACCAGCUUAUAUUUUAAGUUCUGAUGGGAUACGGCAGUUGAACUAAGCUCAUGAUGCAUUUAUACGUUUUAUAUUCUUCAAGAAUCAAUGGGCACAUUAAUUUGUAAGUAAAAAAAAUAAUAAUAAUGGAUGUAGUAACUGCAGAUGAACCCUUCAGUACAUUCCAUUCUAACUGAUGUGUGUCUAAAUGGUUGGUGGACUCUGGGAUAAGACUGUUUCAAUUGAAAAAGGAUAUGCAGUCGCAAAGUAUUCAGACCCCUUGACUUUUUCCACAUUUUGUUACGUUACAGCCUUAUUCUAAAAUUGAUUAAAUAGUUUUUCCCCCCUCAAUCUACAUACAAUACUCCAUAAUGACAAAGCAAAAACA